AUGGCGUCUUUUCCAGAAUUAAUGCUCACUACGCCAAGACUCGCCAACGGCUUUGAAACAACCACGAACGAUACGGACGUCGACGAUCCAACGGCAUGGGCGUCGUCCUAUUCGUCAUCGUAUGACUACGACAACUCUCUCGAUCUCCUGACCAACGUGCCCGUCUUCGCCGUCUACGCCAUCACCUUCCUGGUCGGCAUGACAGGCAAUCUCCUCGUCAUCUUCGCCGUCGUCAAGAGCCGUCGACUCCACAACGUCACCUGCUUCUUCCUGGCCAACCUGGCAGUCGCCGACCUCCUAACCGUCGUGUUCCUCAUCCCCCUUCAGAUCAUCGUCCAUAGUAGUGAUCAUUGGAAUCUUGGGGAUGUCAUGUGCCGGCUGGUAGCCUACGUGGGGGUCAUCUCACCCGCCCUCACCAAUGACGAACGUCAUCAACGAUCACACACACCCUCACCCAUAACGCACACACCCGCACCCAUCACGCACACCCUCACCAACAACGCUCACCCUCACAGACAACGCUCACCCUCAUCCAUCACGCACACCCUUACCAACAACGCCCAACCCCAUCCAUCACGCACACCCUCACCCAUCACGCACACCCUCACUGACAACGCACACCCGCAUCCAUAA